AUGCUUGGACACGUGAACAGUGCGGCUAGACAAGCUUGGAGAAAUAAGCGCAAAAGAAUGAAGAAUGAAGGUAUUAAAUAUUACGUGGAAAUGGAAACCAAAUCGAAAGUAGCGCAAUUAAGACUAGAAUACCACACGAAAAUAUUUGCUUCGAUGUGUCCAGAUGAGAUUCUGGAUCAUUAUGACGAUUAUCAUACCAGGAUGUACUAUACCACUUUAAUGCUUGGUGAUGUGUCAGGCUUUACUGAUCUCGCUGAGAAAUACACGAAAACCGGAAGGGGUGGUCCAUCGAAGUUAACGGAGACUUUGAACAGUUACAUCGGUGCGAUGGUGCAGGAGAUACUUUCGCACAACGGAGACGUGUUAAAAUUUUCUGGAGAUGCUUUCAUAGUGAUGUGGAAGCUCCACGAAGGGAUGAUGAUGAGGGAUUUAGCGAUCGAAGCGAUGCAAACCGCGUGUAUCAUUCAGAAGCACUUUGGAACUUACGAUACGGAUGUUGGAGUCACCCUUAGGGUAAAAUUAGCCAUCGCUUCUGGAAAGACGUACUUCACGUCCAUUGGUGAUUCAGAAUCCAGAUCUCAUUAUAUCAUCACAGGACAACCGGUGUGGGAUGUAAAAUUCGCUGAAGGUCUCUGCAGAGGUGGUGAUAUCCUGGUGGCCCCUAGCAGCUGGCAAUGGGUAAAUCCAAACGAAUACGUUCACGAGAAACUUCCUGACGGUAUACACACCCUUAUUUUAGCAUGUACAAGCAUGUGGUAUCAUCCAAGAGACGAAGAAAUACCAAUCGGCAGCACCGAAGAUGAAGACACUGAAAUAUACAGAGACACACACGACUCCUUAUUGAUGUCCAGAACAACACUUGAUCCACUGUCCGAUAUAAUGUUACCUGGAAACAAGUACAAUAGUCAAAUUUUCAAGCAGGUCGAUUACAGUUUACGACCAAAAGUUGUGAAAAUAGCAAAGGCUCGUUUGAAAGACGCUCUAAUAAGCUAUAUGCUGAGGCCGGUUGUUAGGUCCGUGGAAAUGGACGAGCCGUUAGAAUAUUUGACCGAAAUGAGACAAGUAGUGAUUCUCUUCAUCAACGUAAUCACCUCGAACAUAAGCAAGAGAGCUCUGAUUGCAUUGGUUAAUGCCACCUACAAACUAGUCGGCCAAAUCGUCGGUGAAAUGCACGGAUGCGUGAACAAGACGUCCCUCUUCGACAAGGAUCUAAUGUUCCUCUGCGUCUUCGGUUUGAGAGGCGACAAACACGAGCUGGAGUCUCAGAUUGGUCUCAGAUGCGCGUCAAAGUUACGAAGCAACCUCGUGGAACUCGAUAAUGUUAAAUCAGUCACUGUUGGCGUUACCACCGGGAUGACGUACUGUGGGGUCGUUGGUCACAUCCUGCGAAGAGAAUACACUGUUAUUGGAAUGUCGGUGAACAAGGCUGCAAGACUUAUGGUGGCGUAUCGUGACAAGGUGGUUUGCGAUCGAGAAAGUUUCCUCCAUUCUCACCUGGAAGCGAGGCACUUCAUUCUGCAAGAACCAAGAUACUUGAAGGGAAUCACGAACGUCGGUCCUAUAUACGAGUUUCAAGAGCAGCCAAAAUAUACUGUGUCGGAUUUAGUGUGGAACAAGUACCCAUUGCUAGGUCGAGAAACAGAAAUUAAAUUGUUCAGGGCUAUGCUGAUGAAACUAUUGGAAUACUCUGCUCUAGAAAAGAAUGCAAGUACUGCCAGGCCAGAAUACAACACCCUGAUUAUAAAAGGCGAACCACGAAUAGGUAAGACAAGAAUUCUCGACGAGUUCACCCAAAAUAUUCCAUUGGGAGUUCGCUGCAACUAUAUCUCUCUGCACACGGAAGACGCCAAGGCCCCGUACAGUCUGGUACACCUAAUAUUCUCAGUGCCACUCGGUUUCACGGUGACAUCAACUCGAAAAGAGCGAGAAGAUAAGUUACUUCUUCGACUAGGAAAAGUGAAACGUCCUCAUUACCUCUGCAUCCUGAAUCAACCGUUCAACGUGCGUUUCUCGAUCAGUCAUCGAUACAAUAUUCUUUCGGAGCCUCAAAGGCAAAAGGUUCUCCGAAAAUUCCUGUUGAAGCUAUUGAAAGGCUGCUUCGACGACCUCUGGAUCAUCAUCGUCGACGAUGCGGAGUAUAGCGAUAACGAGUCCUUACAAGUUUUCGACGUUCUAACGAAAAAGGACAGGGUGUUAUUCAUACUAAGCGUAGGGAUGAAACUCAGCACGGAAUAUAAGAUGUGUUCAAAUAUUUUAAGCAGAGCAAAGGUCAUUAAUCUGCCUGGAGUAGACAGAUGGUACCAUGCUGGUCUGGCCUGCCAGAUCCUCAACGUGAGCGGUAUACCAGCAGAGUUAGAAAAACUCAUACAAGAAAGAAGCUUUGGAAAUCCAGGCUGGAUCGAAAGCUACUUGGACAGUGUGCUUUCUUUAUUGGAACAAGAUACAAACGGUAUUCAUAAAUCUGCCGCGAUCGUGGAAAGUGAGGAGGGAAUGAUCGCGGUUUGCAAUCUUUCAGAGAAUUUCACUUACGAAGAUGUUAAUCCAGAGAUUACCAUGGAUGUGAUGAUUUUGAAGCUGUUCGAUUCCUUGACUCCUCUGGAUCAACUUCUCUUGAAAUGUGCUUCUGUGAUCGGGGAAACUGUGAAUAGACACAUGCUGGAACAUCUUAUGACCAUCACUUCCAAAAGAGAAAUUGGACUUGCUGUUUUAAAGCUGUUCGAAAUACGAGUGUUUGGAUGCGCAAUCGGAGACUUCUCUAGGAACACAGGACCGAUAAUCUUCAUCAGAAACAUGCGAAAUCCUACUUCAGAGAUAGACGUAUUCUGCAACUGCAUUGGCCUUCACAUUCCAGAGGCACUGGAAGAUUUGCCAAGAUACGCCUCUUGUGGCCUGAUGAGGUUCAAAAUGACUAUGUUUCGCGAUACGACUUAUCGAUUACUCACGGAAAAUCAGAAAAUGGAACUACACAAUCAAGCAUUGAAAUAUCUGCAACAGUAUACGAGACGUUGCGUGUCCUGUGGCGAAGGACAAUUUGCGAAACUAUUAGGGAAAGUAUCGAAGAAGGAAGAAAGGAGGAAGAGGACGACCAACAUAGAUGACAUUUUUGGUACUGUGACAUUCGACGAGAUAAUUGUCCCUGGCGAUGAGCGAAGAAAAGAGAAAGCACUUCUCGCCUGCUUGGACAUAUUUAGAGGCAUGGAAAAGAAGCCUACAGCGACAUUUUCAGACGCUGACUUUUCUGAUUGUCAUUGUCAUUUGAUCCUGAUGACUGUGUAUACUCAAAUACUGGAGCACUGUCGUGGAAUUGGGAAUAUUGAAAUGACACUGGUAGCCAUUCUGGAGUUUGUUGAAAUUUGUCUACUCUAUAGCAACAUACCUCAAGCAAGAAGACUUCUAACAGAAGGUGAAACUGUUCUCGGCGAGCUAUUUAAAUCGAAAGAUGAUGAAAUGGUUAUGCUACCUUAUCUCACUUCCAAGAUUCAGACCCUUCAGGGUCGGUGUUUCCUCGAAAGCGGUUCCAUAUUCGAGGCCGAACAUAUCCUCGAAAUGGCCUUGGAAAAUUUGGGACAUAAGUUUCCCAGGCUCGAGAUAAUGAUCGAUCUAAGUUCAGUCGUGCAAUUGAUACAACUUAAAAUGAAUCUUGCCUGCACGAGGGAUUGGACGCUGGACAACAAUUAUGUAACAGACAGCUACGACUAUACUGAACAAUUGGCCGAGUGUUUAACGCAGAUGUUCGACCUCUUCAGGAUCAAAGGCAUGAAAAGACACGCUCGUUUAGCGGCGAUUUGGGGCUUGAACGCGGCCCUCACUUCCAACAAGGAUCUAUUUGUCCUCUGCGCGUCUUACACCAACAUGCUAAUUACAGCGCACAUGUACCAAGAUAGGACUGUGAUCCCAUAUCUGGAACAGAAAAGCAUCAACAUUUGCAACGAAUGCAAAGACGCCCUCGAAGCGCAAGAGUUGAAUAUGGUCGCUGAACUUUACGCAGGAAUAUUCUUCUCACGUUGGGUGAGAGGACAAAUAUCGAAAGCCGUUCAGAUCGGCUUCAUCUGCAGCAGAAUGGCCAGUACCAUAGGAUCCAACUUCCUGAAACUGUUGAUCCUCCCUCGAUUGGCUCAUCUUCUCAUGAUCUCUUGUCGUCACUCGGAAGUGAUCACCCAAUUGCGUGAAUUGGAAUUUGUAUCUCGUAAUGACCUGGACAAGUCUGGACUUACUUGGUACUAUGCACUUUGCGCCGACGUUCAUUUAGACACCGGAUUGACGGUUCUCUCCUUUGAUAAUUGCGAACAAUAUUUUCUUCGAGAGGGUGAACAAAUGAUUAGCCUGCACGAUCCGGAAGCGGAAAGACGGUACUUCACUUCAAUGUGGUUGUGGUGUAUCAGGACUGAACAAUGGGAGGCUGCUAAAGUAUGGACUGGAAGAAGUGUAGAAAGUGCACCCAUGAUGGAUGAACAUAUAGUAGCAGCAACAAUGACUUCUUGCAAAAAACUUGAAGGUCUACUUGUUCUCUAUGUUCAUAAAAUAAAUAGCAGAAAUGUUGAUGCCAUCAUCACUAUGAGACAGAUAGAACAUAUGCUGAAAGAAUUGAAGAAAACGGUCAAGAUCGUCCGAAUCAUGAUUCCCAGAUACAUGUUACUGAAAGGAUACUAUUAUAUGACACAGUUUCGAAAAAAUACAGCGUUAAAGAUAUUGAAACGAUUGAAAAAGGUGUGCCAGAAAAUGGAGAACAAAAUGAUAUACACCUGGGCAAUGCAUUGUGAAAAGGCUUGGUCAGGUAGAAUAUCUCCUGUACAAGAAGAUAUGUGGAAAGAAAUCUCACAAAGUCAAAUGAAAGUCAAAUGGGACGAAAUUAAUGUGAACGAUUCGAACAUGGUAUCCUUUACCUUUCCCCUACCAAAGUAUAGUAAUUGACCAAAAUGUAUAAUAAUAAUUAAUUGUAAUUAUAAAUGACCUGUCCGUUUCUAUGAAGCUUUAAAAAUAAAUAAAUAAAUUAUAGUUUUCAUGGUAAAUUAAAUUGAAGUUCGAAAUAAAUGACGAGUUGAUCUUCAAAUUUUUCUUCUCAUUUACGAAAUAAAAUUCUAGUCGAUAAAUCAGUAAACAGCGUAAAUAAAUCCACUAUGUCGUAAGUAAUUUUGACAAUAAUUUUCCGAUUUCUUUCAGUAUUAUAUACCAUUUAGUACAAUCAUCCACUGUGUCUGUUAACUUAGCAUCCAAGCAAAUGGUUCAUGUCAACAGUGUCCACCUUCUUGCAAUGUAAUUCCUGCAGAAAUUUUACAGGGACCACCUGAUAAUUCAUGUACUGUAUGUUUCCAAACGCCGAGUCAUAAUUCAUAUGAUGAAUUACUAAUUAUUCUCUCUCUGUAAUAACAGGUUCAUUAUUCAAUACAUCCUUUUACACCUUAUAGUCCUCCUUAUACUCCUUUUUCUCCUCGAAGUUACACAUAUUGGCAUAAUAAAUACCAGCCAUAUACAACAUUACGCAAUGUUUGCAGCAAUACCUGUCCUCCUUAUAGUAAGAUACAAAUUUUAGAACAAUGAUACAAAGAAAUAAAAUGCACCCUAACAUUGUAACCAUUUUUUAUUUUUCAGCAUCUAGUGUUUACAGAUGUUAAACUUAUCAGACAAUGUAACAUGUAUUGUGUCUGCGUAAACACCUUAAAUAUCAUUUUUUGUAAUAAUUGAAUAAAAUGUGUAAUAAAAACUGUGUAGAUUAUACUAUUUUAUUUGUACAUAAGCUGUAUAAGAUGAAAUAGGUACCAGUUUAUGUAUUAAUAAUUUUAUUUUAAUGCAUACUGUAAGUUACACUUAUAAUAUA